CCCUGGUCUCUUCGCCCGCUCGGUUAUCCCCCUCCCCAGCGACGGAUCGUGUCUCGUUCUCUUUUCUCGAUCGGUAGGUAUAGUUGUCUUUCGCUCGACUCCUCCCCCAGUCCUGUUACCCCAAGCCGUCACUACUGAGGAACUGUUAUUGACUCUCCCCCCCCCCUCUCUCUCUCUCUCCCAGGAUGUCGGGAAAUCACGACUAUCCUCCUGCCUCCCGCCGUCCCCUUCGCGGAGCUCGAUUCAAUGACCGCCAGCAGCACCCUCCCGUGAACCGCUUACACUAUCUCCAGGAGCUGUUGAAUUCGGGCCGGAAUCGCAGUGACAUAGCCCUCGCCCGGGCGGUGGAAACCUUGAACCAGGAGAUGGACGAAUACCGCUCGACCCGUGUCUGGGACCGUUCAACCUUCGAAGAAGUGAGGGCCGCCGUGGAUCACCAUAUGCAGCAGCUCCGCGAAAGGGUACUCCGGGAGGACCGUACCAACAAUGCUCCCCAAUCGGGGCCUGUGGGGUCUACGCGUCCAGGACCGCCCAGGCUGCAGCCGUUGAAUGUAACCGUGGUGAACCCGGAGGGAAGUACCGCCGAUCCCUCGAGCUCCAAUAACAGGCCCCCUCGGGCUCGGGUCUGGAGGGGAAGUGACCGGCCCAGUCGUGCAAGACGGCCCAGGGAUUCCAAUUCGACCUCUCUCUUGGACUCGCCUGUCCCUCAUCUGGACUUGCCCGCUGUCAUGCCUCAGCAAUCGGAGGACGAUCCCCAGGCGGGCGCCUGGAGGGCCAAGCGUCGAAAGCUCGAGACGGAUGACAAUAGAGAAGGUCUGCAGGGUUUCCGCUACGGUCAAUAUGGCCAGGUAGUGCCCGGUGCACUUCGCAUGGAGUUGGCCAGCUGUGAUGGAGGGACAUACGAGCCCACCGGCGAAAGCUCAUGGCCCGAGAAUAUCCUGCGCAAUGACUCCUCCGUAUACUGCACAAAAUCUGACCGGUGCAAUCUCGUGCUAAAACACCAGGGCGGGUCCCCUUUCUGCCUGAAGAAGAUUGUCAUUAAAGCGCCAAAAUCUGGCUAUGAUGCCCCGAUCCGAGAAGGCAUGGUUUUUGUGUCCAUGUCAUCUGAUGAGCUCCUGGCUCGUACGGCUGCUUUCGAGGUCGAAGGGGAAGCAAAUCGAUCGUCCCGGCGCAACCGACCCAGUGGAAUGCCUCCAUCCCAGGAGUACUUGAAUGCAUAUCGCCCCCCGCUGCAAAGCCUCGAUAGAGGGUCCAUAAUGGGCCACCCCUCCGACUCGGAAUCCGAUAGUACCGAUGAGACCGGUGAUGCGGCACCCAGUGUGGGUAAUGGCCCCGACCGGCUGUCCGAAUUUCGAUUCACGACAGACUAUGACGAGCGCUCCGAUGGACACUCAGAUCGGGAUAGUCAAGAUGACGAGAUUUUCUCUCUCACGGACACCGAGAGCCUGUCCAUUGGGCGAAUGGAGGACGACAAUAAUGCGUGCUCCGACAGUGACUUGAGCCUAAGCGAUGACGAUACAUCCGAGCAGCACACGUUCGCGCGGCGCCGUCAAGAGCUAUCGCGACGUAUUCGAGCCAUGCGCCGUCGAUAUACCGCCGAGCGAGACGGGCAAGCAAGACGACACCCCAAUGUGGCCAUGCCCCCGCCGCCUGGCCCCCGCGUCGAACCGGCAGCGCGUGGUUCGGACUCCGCGCUGAUGAAACCACAUGCUCGUUUUUUCAUCGAACGAAAUAAAAGCAUGGUCAGCAUCAAAUUCGACCCUCCUCCCUCGGGACGAUACAUCCUGGUCAAGUUAUGGAGUCCUCAUAGUGGGAGAAACAUCGACAUUCAAAGCAUCGUGGUUUACGGAUACGCUGGCACGAGGUUUUUUCCCGCCCUAGGUUUCAGGUAGACCCAAAGGUGAGCUGGGCUCCCUUGUUUAAUAAUCUACAUAUGACCUCCGU